AUGUUCUUCUCCCCACCCGCUCACCUCGCCAGGGCCGAGGAACUCAAGAAGGACCCCCCGAAUGGUAAACCAUACUGUAUAUCCAUUCCCGGAAGCGAACAGCCUGGUCGCAGCCCGGUGUAUCGCGCAUGGCAUUCUGAAAAGGAGUUGUUGAAGACACUGGAUCCUCAGGUUGUGACUGCUCAUGAUAUGUUUGAAUCGACGGCCAACCGCCAACCUAAGAACCACUGCCUCGGCUGGCGCCCGUUCAACCCCGCAACCAAGACCUUCGAUGAUUAUCAGUGGCUCACAUAUGAGACUGUACAGAAGCGGCGUGCGGCGUUUGGUGCUGGUCUAGUGGAGCUGCAUGUCAAGCACGACUGCCACCGCCCCGGCCAAUAUGGAAUUGGUCUUUGGUGCCAGAACCGACCAGAAUGGCAGAUCACUGAUUUGGCUUGCAUGUCCCAGGGCCUCUUCACUGUCUCCAUCUAUGAUGUGUUGGCCUCGGACGCUACAGAAUACAUUAUUAACCACGCGGAGCUGAGUUGUGUCGUCACCUCUCUUCCGCACAUCCCCACUCUCCUUAAGCUCAAAUCAGUCCUGCCAAACCUCAAGAUGAUUGUCAGCCUGGAUCCUCUUGAUGCUGGUGAACAGGAUGGUCAUUCCAAGCGCGCUCUGCUGGAGUCUAUGGCCGCUGACCAGGAUCUUGCGAUCUACACAAUUGACCAGGUCGAGGCUCUGGGAGAAGCCUCAAAGCGUGGAUACAACCCGCCCUCCGCUUCGGACACGGUCACCAUCAACUACACCUCCGGCACCACUGGACCACCUAAAGGUGUUGUUCUGACCCACCAAAGCGCUGUGGCUGCCACUUCGGCCGGUCUCAUCACCAUCGGCCAGUCUCGAGGCGACACCAUGUGCUCUUACCUUCCGCUAGCUCACAUCUAUGCCCGUCUAGCGGAGCACGGAGCCCUCUGGGGUGGUGCCCGAAUCGGCUAUUUCCAUGGUAACAUUGUGGAGCUGGUUGAUGACCUAAAGCAGCUGAGACCUACUGGCUUUAUUUCCGUCCCUCGUCUCUACAACCGCUUUGGUACAGCAGUCCGGGCUGCCACUAUUGAGGCACCCGGCUUCAAGGGUGCUCUGUCUCGACACAUCGUUGCUGCUAAGACAGCCAAUCUCAAGAAUCCAGAUCUAUCCAAGGCUACGUUCCGGCACGCACUGUAUGACCGGAUAUGGGCUAAGAAGGUGGCUGCAGCACUUGGGCUGGACCGCGCAAAGUACAUGGUGUCGGGUUCGGCGCCUUUGGACCCUUCGUUGCACGACUUCCUACGUAUCGCUACUGGUACCCCGGUUAUUCAAGGCUACGGUUUGACUGAGUCUUAUGCUUGUAGUACUGCCCAAGCAGAUGAUGAUGUGUCAUCGGGUAACUGUGGCCGUCUGGCUCCAUGUAUUGAGGCCUGCCUGGCCUCUCUGCCGGACAUGGAGUACUCGGUGGAGGAUAAGCCCUUCCCUCGUGGAGAAUUACUGCUGCGUGGCCACAGUAUGUUCCAAGAAUACUUCAAGAACCCCGAAGAGACUGCAAAAGCGGUGACAGAGGAUGGCUGGUUCCGCACUGGUGACGUGUGCACUUUGGAUGCCAUGGGCCGCUUCAUCAUCAUUGACCGUCGCAAGAACGUGCUCAAGCUAGCUCAGGGUGAAUAUAUCUCCCCCGAGCGGCUGGAGGGUCUCGUGCUUUCGGAGCUAGGCUACCUCGCCCAGGGUUACAUUCAUGGCGACAGCGUUCAGACCUUCCUAGUUGGCAUUUUCGGUGUUGCACCUGACUUGUUCGCUCCAUUCGCUAGUAAGGUUCUUGGUCGUACAAUCGAAGGUACGGAUCUGGAUGCGAUCAAGACUGCUCUAGAAGAUGACAAGAUUCGCCGUGCCGUAAUCCGGGAUCUUGAGCGCGUGGCCAAGAAACACAAGCUGGCUGGCUACGAGCGGGUUCGCAAUGUUUCUCUGAAGCUGGAACCCUUCACCGUGGAAAACAACCUACUUACUCCCACGCUUAAACUGAAGCGCCCUCCUACUGUCAAGCUGUAUCGCGGACUUUUGGAUCAGCUCUAUGCUCAAGCGCUGGAGGAGCAAUCUGCCCCUCGGGCCAAGCUGUAG